GGAGGGCUAGGGGAGGAGAGAGGGGAGGAAGGGUGGGGAGCACAACUGAAGAACAGAAGGACCAGGACAGAACCCGGCGAGGCGGCUGCAGCGGGUACCCGGGCCGCCCCCGCGAGCAAGGCGCCGCCAUUCCGCUGCUCGGCCCGCCGCCGCCGCGCCCGGGGGCCAUGCUGCCACCGCCCCCGCGCCAGCCGCCGCCCCAGGCGCGCUCGGGCCGCGGCGCGGUGCAGCUGCAGCGGCCCUUCCUGCGCGGCCCACUGGGCGUGCUACGACUGCUGCAGCUGGUGGCCGGCGCUGCCUUCUGGGUCACCAUCGCCACCAGCAAGUACCAGGGUCCCGUGCACUUCGCGCUCUUCGUGUCCGUGCUAUUCUGGCUGCUGACCCUCGGCCUCUACUUCCUCACGCUGCUGGGCAAGCACGAGCUGGUGCCCGUGCUGGGCUCGCGUUGGCUCGUGGUCAACGUGGCGCACGACCUGCUGGCAGCCGCCCUCUACGGCGCCGCUACGGGCAUCAUGAUCGACCAGACGCAACGCCACAGCUAUUGCAACCUCAAGGAUUACCCGCUGCCUUGUGCCUACCAUGCCUUUUUGGCGGCUGCCGUCUGCGGCGGUCUCUGCCUCGGCCUCUACCUGCUCUCGGCGUUCUACGGCUGCUGCCGUCGCUACCAGGGCAAGCUGGAGGUGGCGUGAGUGUUGCCUGCCGAUGCGCCCAUAUCCCUUCGCCUGGCUCUGUGUUUCCACUGCCUCCUGCGCCUUGGAUCCCCGGCACACAGUUCUCCCGCCCGACAGUGGCGCCACCGCCUCGAGUCCCGCCCGCCGCACCCUCUCCAAGAACCGUCGCUGGCUGAGGGGCGCUGUCUCCAGGGACCAGCGCGGGCCAAGAUCCGAGGGGCCGACGCAUGGGUUCAGAAGGGCCAGCCCGAGGCGAAAUUAAGCUAUUCCUCUUCCCCUUCUUGCGGGAGACGUGGACAGGCGCCGCGUAGAUCCGGGGGAGGCUCCCAAAUUGGAACCAGCCCUGCGUCCCCUCCUCCUUCCCUGGAGCUUUCGUAGGAGCACCCUGUUCCCGGCCCUUGUUGCAGCCUCGGUGCUGUAGAAGUCAGGCUUGUAGCUACUGCAGCAAGAGCUGGGGACAGGCCUCGGCUGGACCCGGGCUGAACCACAAAUUUGGAUUUGGCCUUGGGGUUGUGCGGCUGUCCCGCGCCGCGGCCCCUCCCUGCCCUUCCCUAGGCAGCUGGGUGUCUCUGUCCUCGGGCCCUGAUGGGGUCCUUACUCGCCUCUGUUAGGCGCAGGCCAAGCCCAAGCACCCUUCACCAACCUCGCACCAAUACAGCCUCUUUGCCGGCCUUUCUCACAGGCUUCUGCCUCACCUCAUCCCAGAUCCAUUUGCAUUCUGGAUCCCAUAUGGCAGGUUAGGGUGAGCCUACCCAUCAUGGCUACAGAGAGGACUCACAGCCUGCACUUGGGAGCAGCCAGAACCAGAGCAGAGUGUGUUCUCUGGACUCCAGAGAGUUCCAGCUUCGGAGCUGACCUUAAGAGAGUUUCAGGGCCAAAUGAGUUUGGCAACGGUGCUGUCUGUCCUUUUUGGAGACCCAUGAUGCUUGUGAGUGCCAUCAGGGACUCCUAAAAUCCUCCAUCCCAAAGAAGCCUAGUGUGUACUGCAUUACUGCCAGGGGCUAGACUAGUGUGGCAUUCCUGGGGUCCCAAGGAGCUGGGCAAUUUCUGUAGCAGAGGAAAGAACCCACCCCAGUGGGGGAGGAAACAGCUGCCCCCUAUCCAGCCAGAGACUUGGGAACUAGUGAACUUGAACAUUGCUGUCCAUCUUGACAAAAGGAGCCAAGGUUAACCAGAAGAUUUCCCAGCCUAAAGCAAAGUCACCUGUAAGGGAUGCUGGCAUUGACCUGGAGCGCCUGGCAGGGAGUGUGUGAUGUGGGGCCAGUGGCUGGCCAGGCCUCCAAGGUUUCCAUGCUGCUGGGGCCACGGAGCUUCCCUUGGCUGGUCAUGCUGCCCUCCACCAGACACCCACUUCCUUGGGCUGGUAGCACUAUGAUGGCCAGGGCCAACAGCUGGCCCCAGGGGCAGCCAGGAGAGAAGAUGACUUCUGCCCAGCAGCUUCCUUUGCUUCCAUCCAGUGGAAGAGCCACGAAGAACAAAGACUGAUUCUGCCUUAACUCAAAAGAACUCCUGAUCCUUCUCAAGCUCUGGUUUGGACACAAGCUCUCAGCUGCCUGGAACUGAGCUGUGCAGCCCAGCACUCUAAACCAUGGGUUUCAUUCCAACUUUUGUUCUUUUCCCCUUUUUAUAUAUAUAUAAAUUCCAUCUAAGUUGCCUCCUCAGUUUAGGUCCUGUCUCCUCAGGAUCUCCUUCCUCCGCAGCCCCCAGUGCCUGGGGCUGUGUUGUUGAUCAAGUGGCCUUGCCCAGUGGCCGGUGCCCCCUUGGUCUUCAGGGGGGCCUCGUCCUUCCAGAAGUGCCGGUAGCAUUCCAGGGCUCUCUUGCUCUUCCAGAUGUGCCUUCCCGCUUGGCUUCCAGCGGCUUAGUGGUGCCAUCUGCCAGAUGUGAGAAGCACAGAUAGGAAUGGCCACCAUCCACAGCUUCCCACUUCAAGGUCCCAGGCCCUCAUUGUGACUGCCUGAUCCAGCCCAGAGCAUCUGGAUCUUGGGGGGCAGUCUCAUAGGCCUCCCUCCUAGGAUGCCAGGACUUGGGCCAGUCUGGGGUCACCCUGGUGACAACAUUUCUACAAACAGCAACAGAGUGGGGGGCUUGGGGAGGGUGAGGAUGGUCAGGGAGAGGGUGCCCAAGUGCUUCGAUCCCUGGCUUAGUGGUAAUCACUAAUAUGCUUUUCUGAAUAAAGUUGGGUUUGCCUGACCUUGA